ACAAUGUUAAUAAUGGAUAAAUUAGGUAAAUAUGCCAUAUGUACAUAAGGAGAUCCAGACGCGGAAGUUGCAUUGGAUUGGGCAUAUCCUCAGAAAACCUGACACCCACCUAUCCAAAGUGGCCCUGACCAGAACUGGAAGAUGCCUGGCAAACGGAAACAUGUUUGCCCUAAUUGGCGCCGCUAUACCGUCGUACCGUGCGUCAUUGUGGUUAUACCAAGAGAGAAAUUAAGGUAGUUUGCGUUAAACUACAAGAAAAUGCCUCUACCGCGAGUUUUCUUGGAUGUUGCUGCCGACGGCAGUUCAAUGGGACGUAUUGUUAUCGAAUUAGGGACAGAUGUCAUCCCCAAGACUUUUGAAAACUUCCGAGCCCUUUGCACCAGCGAGAGAGGCUUCGGUUACAAGGGCUCCACCUUCCACCGCGUCAUCCCCAACUUCAUGUUGCAAGGAGGCGAUUUUACAAACCACAAUGGCACUGGCGGAAAGUCCAUCUACGGUGAGAAAUUUGCUGAUGAAAACUUCGUCCUGAAGUACACUACACCGCUCUGUAGAGUUGGGUGUAUUGGGGAUGGGGUGGGAAAAGAUUACCCAAACUGUCCAGGACCGGAGUCAGUAGACGAGGCCUGCACCCAAACAGAGAGUAACAGAGAUACAUGUAAGCUACUCUAACGCGGUUAUUGCGCU